AGUCACUUUGCUGGUGCCCAAAGGAGGACCGUUACUGGAAGGAUCGGAUCCACAAAUCUUCUCCACAAUAUCCCCAAACACGUCCUUAAAACCCACAAAACCCAACAAACUCCAUUCCCACACUUCAUACGCAUAUAAUCGGAAAGCUCAAUAAUCAUCAAUGGCCUCUGCACUUCACUUUUCCCUUUCCCUUUCAAAUAGUCGUAUCUUAGCCCCGUUCCCCCCCAUCCCACACCUUUCUGCAAGAUUUUCCUCCCAAGUUUUUCACAAGAAAAGAUACCCUAUCAACAGAAGUUUCGUGUGCAGUCAAGGUGGUAUAAAUGAAAUCACGAUCGUUGAUCCUUCCGGAAAUAAAGAAUCAAGGGCUGACCAUAUUAGGUCUUUGAAGCUCAAGCUAUUGAGUAGUGUUUCAGGGUUAAAUAGAGGACUAGCUGCAAGUGAUGAUGAUCUAAGGCAGGCAGAUAUUGCUGCCAAGGCACUUGAAGAAGCCGGAGGGCCUGUCGACCUGCAAGCUGAUGCUGAUAUACUGCAAGGAAGAUGGAAACUAAUUUAUAGCAGUGCUUUCUCAUCUCGCACUCUGGGUGGAAGUCGCCCUGGUCCCCCUUUAGGAAGGCUACUUCCGAUAACUCUCGGUCAGGUGUUUCAAAGGAUUGACGUGUUUAGCAGGGAUUUUGAUAAUAUAGUCGAUCUUGAGUUAGGCGCCCCUUGGCCUUUCCCACCUAUUGAAGUGACAGCAACUUUGGCUCACAAAUUUGAAAUUAUAGGAACAUCCACGAUCAAGAUUGUGUAUGAGAAGACUACAGUAAAGACAUCAGGAAACUUAUCACAACUACCACCAUUGGAGCUGCCCCGAGUACCAGAUAUGAUCAGACCACCAUCAAGACGAGGGAAUGGCGAUUUUGAUGUUGUAUAUGUCGAUUCUGAUAUGCGUGUUACAAGGGGUGAUAGGGGGGAGCUACGGGUAUUUGUCAUCUCAUAGAUUUGAGGCAACCAACACUUCUUCUGGAUUUUCGCUAAACAGCUUAAUGUCAAUCAUUAAAUGUAGGGUGAUGCACUUGGGUUCGUUUAUGAGUGUUCCUGUUAUAGUAUGUUUCAUAACAUUGAUAGUUUGCACGUCCUAAACGAAAAGCAUAAUGUUUCACAACCAUGCUAAUAGCAAUUUUUCAUAAUGGUAACUGUUUGUGGUAUGAGACCAUGGAGUUGAAGAACAUAGCAAUUGUGAACAUAACAACAUAUUAC